AAAAUUCAGAUAUUCUUAUACGAAAAUAUUCUAAAAAUAUUUCUAAAAGAAAUGCGGAAAACGAUAAGGAUUUAAAUGAUUUAGAAACAAGUAAUAGUCUAGUGUACCGUCCAUUAUUUGUGUAUAGAAGAAUUAUACAUAGUAAACGAAGAAUUACUAUGUACAACGCUUUUGCUGGAUAAAAUAUAAGCCAGGUUACAUUAGCUGGAAUAUCACCCGUACAUGAUUUCAAAGAGAAAAUCGUAUCUAAGUUACCCAGCGAAAGAUUCUUAUUAAAUUCACCACAUAAAUCUGUGAAGCAAUUAGAUAACUCUAUAUUGAAAGCUACUCAGAAUGUCACCCAAAAUCCUCAAAUGGAAGAAAAUCUCUAUCAGAUAUCAAAAGACUUAGUUUCUGCGAUACUAUCUAAGUUAGAAGUGCAAGAUAAAAUAACAAGAAUAACUAGAGAGGCAUUGGAAGCUCCCGGGAAACAUAAAGGUAUAACAGCAAUAGAGACUCGGCGUAUCCUUGACUAUAUUUCUAGAACAUUAUCUGGUCACAUUCUCACCAUAACAAGGGCUUCUACUGAACCGGAACUUCAUAGAUUGGUUUAUGGGUUGGCGCAAAUUGCAGCGGAAACAUCAAUAGUAUCUGCCUUGAAAGAUAUCACGUAUGCAUCAUUCUUAUCUAAGAAACAAUCAAUUGAUUUGUCCCUACGUCGAAAAAGAUCCAUAGAAACAAAAUCAGAUAUUAUAUCACCGACUAUAAUUCCACUCCCUAUUAGCACCUCAACCGUUUAUAACGCAAUAUUGAACAAACCGUUAAACAACAAUAACAAACAUAGUAACUCAUCUAAUAUACAAAUAAAUCGAAACAGUGUCGUAGUGCCAAGUUCGCCUUAUUCAGUUAUUUCCAAAAAAGAAAAAUCUACUUUUCAUGUUUUAAAAGGUAAACACGGACUUCCUACUUUAAUGAAAGGAUUUUUAAACCAGACCGCUUUAGAUAUAGAGAAUAGAAACCGAGAAGCAAAUGAUACCGAAACUAUUGUAUUAGAUAAAAAGAUCAAUGCAACUCAUUAUGAGAAGAUUGAACCUCAAACUUUAGACGCUCAAGAGGUAAAUGCACCAGGGGUUUUAAUAGAUGAUUGGGUGGAUACAAAAGAAAACAUUUAUAAGCCAGCAAUAAAUCCGGAUGUGGUAGCUGAAAUGGAAAUAGAACAACCUGAUAUUGAAGACGAAUCCAUGAAUGAAAAAAGGACUAAACAAAAAUUAGAGAAACUAGAAAUUAAAGCAAAGAAAGCUAUUCUCUACGCUGGUGACGUAGCUUACUUGACAGCAGCUAGUGUGGUUGCGUUAAGACGUGCCCUAACAGCUUCCAUUGAAGUUCAAAUGUCCGUGAGAUUCGCCAAGAACGGUAUGUCUAAUCAUCAGGACUUGAUGAUGAAUCUAGCAAAAACUGCUGCGCAACAAGCUGGUAAGGAAGCUAAAAGUGCUGCAUCGAAGUCUUUAGCUUGUGAACGAGUGAUUAAACUUGCUUUGAAGUAUACAGCGCAAUCUCACGGUGCGAAUUUAAAUCACGUUGCCAAUAGAAUUGUGAUGGAUACCUUGUCUCUAGCAACGCUUGCUAAGUCAAUGGCUUUUGUUUCAUCGGAAAUUGCUAUUAACUCCCUGUAUCAGGCUACAGAUGUGAAACCCCCGUCAUAGAAUUGUGAAAUAUUAUAUUAUAUUAUCAGAGA